AUGUGCCUUCCCUUGUACUUAUCUAAGGCUCAUACUGACACUGUGCCAUUUACUAAGGAGACUAUCAGACCGUGCCACCACCACCACCACCACCACCACCAGCGCACACUCGCCACAGCAACCCAGCCUCUGUGUCGCGAGUCGAAGGUACCCCAGGAGCCCCAUGUGGUCCCCUCCCUGCCCCCCAAGGCUCCACCCAAGCCCCAGGUGGACAUUCGACUGGUGCAGCUUCUGGAGAAACUAUCGCUGGUGAAUUUUGCCAAUAAGGAAGGCAUUGAAAGACUAGAGGCGGCCAUCGGAAUGGCAGAUCAGCUGAUCCAGGUGGAUACAACAGGUGUGGAGCCACUAAUUACCGUGCUGGAGGACAGGUCCCUUCCAUUGGCUGAGGACAAAGUGAUGUACGGCAGUCAGAAGGAGGAGCUGCUGGCUUGUGCCCACACCACACUGGAUGAUUACUUUGUGGUUCCGCCCGGGAAUGUCACGUACGAGGAGGAGAGGAGCUACCAUGCCUCACUCAAGCAGGAGCACCGGGAGGAGUGACACGAUGGGAGAGGAAGUAAAGCCAGCCCAGGAGUAAGUGAAGGGGAAACUUAAGAAAAACUAAAGAAAACGAGGAAAUAUACCGUGCCUGUUGUAAAGUUGUUUGUUAAUUUGUUAUUGCAAGUUAUGUAAUAUAGAAAGGGUUAUUAAGUUAUUUUUCUUUAAUAUAUGCUUCAGAAA